AUGAAAUUGGUUUUACAUCACAGUGGGUACUUUAUAGAUAGUGAUGGUGGGCCUAGGAGUUACUUUGGGGGUAAAGUACAUGUAUUUGAUACUGUUGAUGUUGAUAUAUUUUCUGUGCUUGAGCUGAUAUAUAUGAUGAAGAAGUUAGGGAUAUGUGAUUACAAACAAUUUUUUUAUAGGAUUCCCACAGAAGAUCUGUCUCAUAACCAUGAAAAUGAAGCAAACAGUGAAGAUGAGAAAAAUGACAACUCAUCAAAUAGUGAUUUCAUAGCUAGUACUGAAGGUGAGGAUGACCCUACUAAUGAUAAUAUCAUGUUUUAUGGUAAUGUAGAGAAUGAACCAAAUGGAAAAGGAGGCAAUGCAUUUGAGGAAUAUGUUAUGAAUGAUGAGGAUUCAUUUGAGGAGGAAUUAUUAACCCAUGAAGGAUCUGAUGAUGAGGGUAAUGGGAAGCCAAAGAACCUUGAAUUUAGGCCUGAGUUUGAUAAGGCUAAUUUUGAAUUUAAAAUUGGAAUAUUUAGACCAAUAUGGAAGGAUUUUUAUGGGAAAAUUAGGGAAAAGUCUCUCACAAGUCCUUUACGAGUCCUUUAUUUACAAGUCUCCGGCGUAGGUAGCGUCACUUGUGGACGGGAACGUGAAGCACCGCAAUCUGAGCCGGACCACCGCGAUACGGGAGAAGAUGGAGAUGUGACAAGGGAAGUUUUGGAAUACAUUUUGUUCGUUUGCCCAUUGCUUGAAGAGUUAUCUAUAUUGCAUUCACGAUCUUUGGUAAAUUUUGUAGUUUCUGGGCCUUCAUUGAAGCUAAAGUACUUAGAGAUCGAAGGUUGCUUCUCUUUGAAAAGUGUUGAUAUUUAUGAUGCAAAUCUAGUGUCGUUUAAAUACAGCGGACUAAAGGCCUACAUUGCCUUUAAAAACACUCCGCAUCUUGUUAAGGCAUCUUUUGAUGGGCCUUAUGCUCGCUAUAUUGUUAAGAACUUUAUACAGGUUUCAAGCUAUCUCCUUCAACUAGAGACACUUGUAUUGAACUUGAGUUGGGGACUUAAGAAGUUGAGGUGCUUCCCUAGAUUUCCCAAGUUGAGGAAUCUCAGGCAGUUGGAAUUGAUGCUCAAUCCUGGUGUCUCUAGGCUCCUUUGUGCAUACUUGCUAAGGGCGUCUCCUUUAUUGAGGAUACUUAAAAUUGAGUUUUGGGACUUCAAGGACUCCACAAAAGAAACGAAGAUACGAAGGCCUAAACAUCUACAUAAAAGCCUCAAGGUGCUUGAAUUGAAUGGAUUUAUUGGAUGCAAAGCUGAUCUGCAGAUUGCCUCAUACAUACUUGGCAGUACUGUGUCACUUCAGGAGAUAAUCAUUGAUCCCAGCCAUCCAAAUAAAUGGGCACCUGAAUAUCCUGACAAGCAACAACUGGCUAGAACGCGUGCCAGGCAGCACUUGGAAACAAGAUUACCCUUUGGGACAAAAUUGGUGUUGAGAUAAUAACGAUUUAUGAACCUCUUGGCUCAUAUCUACUUGUAUACUGGGUCUUCAAGGAUACAGGUUUUUAUUUUAUUUUUUGGGGCACAAUCUGCUAGUAGUGAGAAAACUAAUAUUAGUUAUUACGAAUAUUGUUUAAAUCGGUGUUCAAUCUGAACUUUGAAUUUGAGAUGAAGGUUAUUUACAAUAAGGUGUGGUGUUAUUAUUAUUA